CGUCACUUCCGUCGCAAUCCAACGUUGUAACUAAGCUACAACGCGUCUUGAAAAUCUGGGAAUCGUCAAAAAAUGGAAAGAUGAUAAAAAACGUUUAUUUUGAGGUUGGGACAACACCACAGUCAAGAGAACGACUUGGAGACAUUAUGAAUGUUACAGAUGACUCGAGCUUGGAGAGACGUUAUAAAAGAGCAAGGGAUAAAGUGCGGACCAAGGCGAAGUUAUUUGAAAUAAGUAAAAAGCAAUAUUUAACAGCCAUGUUUGAUGUUGAAAAGAAAGUCAUUAAGGCUUCAUUAGCGAUGAAUAAAUAUACUGCUACAAAGACAGAAUAUGAACUACAAUAUCUGUGUACAAAGGCGAAGGUAUUAAAAGCAAAAUAUGUUGACCAACUGCUGAAAUGGCGAAAUAAAUUCAUUUUAUUUAUUGAGCUGGCUAAAGAUAUGGGUUAUAUUGACAAAGAAAGUGGUUACCUUGACAACGACAUCCUAUCCAACAUGGAAGAAAUAACCAGAUUUUCUUUGCAUAAAACAAGAAAAGACGGCAUGAAGCCCACUGAACCCUAUGUUUUAGACCUUGAUAAACUUCUUGAAAAAGAGAAGAUACGUGAACCGGUAUUUGAGGAUUAUAUACCAGCUGGUAACAAGAACGAAAUGUACGAGUCGGCCAUCUGUAAAAUAAAUGCAGCAGACGACAACUGGGGUUACGAUUCUGAUACCUCUGAAACAUAUUGCGAAACUGGUGACAAAGCACCCAAAGAUAUCCCAGUAAAACACAAGCUGCCAUCACAAUGGAAGUCGCAUAUCUAUGCAGUCAUUAAAGACUACCAGAAGAAGAAAUUUGAUGAGCUCAAUCUUCAUAUAGGAGAAACAGUUAAACAAAUACUUCCUGCAGAUAGCUCUGGCAUGGCGUUUGGAGUAAAGAAAUACGGACUGAUACGAAAAAAGAAAGGCUUCUUCCCAAUGUCACAUGUUCAAGAAGACACGUUUGCCGAGCUUGCACGUGACAUUCGAAAUUCCAGAAGAACACGCGCUGAAAGACAUAAUCCUAUCUUACGAAUGUUGGACGCCGUCACAGAACCAAAGACGAAAAUAGCGCUCCUGAAAGAAGCAGUUGCCGACGACGACGGCAAAGUAUACACUGAAAAGAAAAAGCAGAAGAAAUUGUUCACCAAAAAGAAUUGGCUGAAAAUCUACGGCAUUGAUAUCAGCGACGACGAACCUUACAAGCCUGCUAAUGAAGGAAAGAAAUUACAUGCAACGCCGACGAGAAUUCAGAGUGCCAAAAAGAUUCCUUCAAAGAAAUGCAUAUUCUCCAAGAGGUUCGAGUGUGUACAGCGUAAUUUCAAUACAACGGAACACGGAGAUCUUGUGCUGGAAGAUAUCGAGGGUACAGUUGAACAGCGAGAGGAUGACUCCUGGGAUGAUCAAGUGAAUGAUGCAGCAUUUGAUUUUCAAUUUCUUUAUUAAAUAGAACUUAAUAACGAAUUUACAAAACACUAUUAUUAGAAUAAAUAAAAAAUGUUGUGUUUGA